AUGCUCAGCCAUAUCUUGUUCAAGGGUGCAAGGGUCAGUGCCGGUCAAUGCAUAGGUUACGGAAAAGGAGUUUUAAACCAAAAAGUGACUUACCACACUUUCCCAAAAGAUGAAAACAGAAUCGAAAAAUGGAUAAAACAUUUACACAGCAGUGUCGAAAAUGGAUCUUCAGCAUACAGCCUCCUAAAAUUCAGUGAUUACACUGUUAUUAGUAGUGAUCAUUUCGAAGAAAACUGUUUUUCUUUUUCAGUUACUGGAAAUACCAAAAUAUUGAAGAAAUCUGCUGUUCCAACGUUGUUCAACAAGGUGGCAGUCAUUCAGGCAAAUGAACAGAUUAAUAUGCCAAAUAAAAGAAUUCUGAUGAUGCACAACGGUAAUGCUUCAACUCAACCAAUUCACAGUUCUAUCAAUUCAACUCAAGACGCAGGCUUAACAAUUUUUGACUUGGUUAAUCGUGUUGCACCCAUCAACCACGUUGUAAAGCAAGGAAUAAAAAUUAUUGCUCCAACAACCGUUUCUAUUAAUGUUGAAGAUUGGUGCAUUCCGACUGACAUUCCGCCUACAGCUGUAACAUCUGUUGAAACGAUGGAACAAUCCUUGAAUGUUGUGAGUUCUCUUGAAAAUGAGGUUACUGCGAAAGCUAGUUCAUCCAAAAAGAUUUACAGAAAGCAAAAUGGAAGUCCUUUUACGGAAAUAAGUUGCAACGUUACCAGUAUAUGAUGAAAAAACUUCGCAAAAUGGCAAGCAGUUUGCAAAAAUCUGUGAAUAAGAUAACCACGUUAGUUGGCGAAGAGAAUAUUGAAUUAUUGAAAGAAGAUCCGCGAAUGAGAAAAUGUAUUACGUGUGUUAGAAAAAUUAUUGAACAAGAGGGAAAUAAGAACUGUGAUGCAAAUGCCAAAUCUUCCUU